UCGUGGAGGGGGAGGGGCGUCCGGUCGACAGGCAGACAGACAGCAGGCAGCAGCUGCGGCGACAGCACCCGGCACCGUCAACUCUGCAUUAAAACAUUCACAGCGUUUCAGCUUUCAGCCCCGAACUCAGCGCAGACAGCGACACACACACGGCCCAGAAAACAGAAAAUGGUAGACCGCGAGCAACUGGUGCAGAAAGCCCGGCUGGCUGAGCAGGCGGAGCGGUAUGACGAUAUGGCCGCUGCCAUGAAAUCGGUCACAGAGCUGAAUGAACCACUCUCCAACGAGGAGAGGAACCUCCUCUCUGUGGCUUACAAGAACGUGGUUGGGGCGAGGCGUUCAUCCUGGCGGGUAAUCUCCAGCAUCGAGCAGAAGACUUCGGCUGACGGCAAUGAGAAGAAGAUCGAGAUGGUCCGAGCAUAUCGGGAAAAGAUAGAAAAGGAGCUGGAGGCCGUCUGCCAGGAUGUGCUCAACCUCCUCGAUAACUUCCUGAUCAAGAACUGCAACGAUACGCAGCACGAGAGCAAGGUGUUCUACCUGAAGAUGAAGGGCGACUACUACCGUUACCUGGCUGAGGUGGCCACGGGGGAGAAGAGAGCUUCUGUGGUGGAGUCCUCCGAGAAGUCGUACAGCGAGGCCCACGAGAUCAGUAAGGAGCACAUGCAGCCCACCCACCCCAUCCGCCUGGGCCUGGCUCUUAACUACUCCGUCUUCUACUACGAGAUCCAGAACGCCCCCGAGCAGGCGUGCCACCUGGCAAAGACCGCCUUCGACGACGCCAUCGCUGAGCUGGACACCCUGAACGAGGACUCCUACAAAGACUCCACUCUCAUCAUGCAGCUGCUACGAGACAACUUGACGCUGUGGACGAGCGACCAGCAGGACGAUGAGGGAGGCGAGGGCAACAACUAAGGAGUCGGAAACCUAAUUUUGCCAAAACAACACAACAUGCGCGCUCUAAAGAUAAUAAUUGUUUAAAAAGUUCUUAAUUUUAAAAAAAAAAAAUCAAAAACAACGGGAGGGUUGGGUGGGGGCGGUGGAACAUUGGCGGCCAGUUUAGCUGAUGGUAGCGAUGCGGCUGCUGUUCUUUAUUUUUCCACAAAUUAAACGUGAAUAAUGGUAGAAGGGAAGAUGUGUUUAUUUGGAAAAAUAAGCUAAGACUAAAAAAAAACAAACAAAAAAAAAAUAACACAUGGAUCCCUCUUCUUGACGGCCUCUGCAACAUUUGCCAAAAUACGACUUUAGAAGUAAGACGUGUGUCGUUCACCACGGUUUGAAUAUUUGGGAUCCAGCGCUUUCCCAACAGGCAGGCUGGUCUCAUGGAGUAAAUGAAGCGGAGCUGUCUAAAUGCAUU